UUCGCUUUCCGGCUGUUCUUUUCAUCAAAUGGGUUCUACUAGUAGAAGCUCAGCGCUUCCUCCAUUCCCACGGUUCCAAGCCGGAAGCCCUAGUCCUCGAUCUCACCUUCCACUGCAAGUCCUUAUAGGUAGGCUUCUCAAAUGCCGUGGUGGAGUCUCUGAAGAGCGCUCCGUGCGAAAUCAGAGCAUCUCCAGGGUAGGGCUUCCUUCUGUGAUUGUACUUAUUCUGGGCACCAGAAAAUUCGAUCAAUCUGCCAAGGGAUAGUGUUCAUAUCUAGAGGAAUGAUGGGGGGCUUAUUGCAGUUUUUUGACUUCAGUCAUGCUAUCAUGUCUCGGAAGUUUUUGAUGCAUAAGAAGAACAAUGACGGCCUUGAAGCACCUAGGAAUAGUUUGGAGUUUCCCAAGGAAGCAUCUCAUAGUUAUCAUGACAUUCCUGAAGACAUUCCAUAUUCCUUCCAGGUGAAGCAGCACUCAGCAAAAAUGAACUCUUUUUCUAAUGGAGCUCCAGUAGAGAAGUUGAUAGACCAGGAGAUAUCUACCAGAAAAAAUGACAGAUGUAAUAGACCCAGCAUUGUUGCUCGUUUGAUGGGCAUGGAUACAAUGCCAUCUGAAAUUAAGCCAAUAAGCCAUGUUAGGGAAAGGAAGGAUGAGAAAUCAAUGCCAAGACAGGAGCCCAAUGAAAUUGUACCGACUCAUAAAACCUCACUUAUCGCAACACCCUUCAAGCAAACAAAACAAGAAAUACGUCCCUAUGACAUUGAGCAAGAUUUCAGCCGAUCCACCAAAAGCCUCAAUUUCAGAAAACCACAAUCGCGAGAACAUCCUCAAGAAGAAAUACUGCAGAAAUUCAAGAAAGAAUUUGAGGCUUGGCAAUCAUCCAGAACAUGGGAGCAUUCAAGAACCCUUGAUUUGGGAAAUGAUCUUGAGCAGGGAAAUAUGCAAGUUCUUGCACAAGGCAAUCUCAACAGAGAAAAAAUGGCUAGUUUUGUGGAUUCUAAAAGAAAAUUGUCCUUCAAGGAGACUGCAAAGCCCAAAGAUUAUGUGUCAACAGCUAGACUGAAAAAGGAUACACUACAUGGAGGUGUUCCAACAAAUGAAGGAGUUAUGACUAAACGGAGCCAAGCUAUCUUAAGAAAUGAUAUUGCUUUGAGGAACAGUGCAAAAACUAAUCUUGCACACAUACCUCUUGCUAAUUUUGAUAAAAAAAAGGGUAGAUCCUCUUCACCUGCAAAGAUAGUGAUUCUUAAACCAUGUUCUGAAAGAAGUGAUGAUAUCGAAGAGUCUUUGGUAAGCUCACGUGACAUAAUAGAAAAAGAAAAUAAUAUGCAUGACUUUCUGGAAGAGGUAAAAAAAAGGCUCAAUUUUGAAAUCCGAGGAAAGUCUAGACAUGAUACAACAGCCAGAUGGACUAAUGUUGACACUUACUCUAGCGAGAGAUCAAUUGACCCAAAACAAAUAGCGAGAGACAUAGCAAAACAAAUAAGAGAGACUGUUGCUAAUGACUUCAGGAAUACAUUGGUUUGGUCAGACUCAACAGGGUCACAUAGAAGCAAAGCCCAAUUCAAUGGACCAAGUUCUCCAGCAUUCUUCAAGAGAGACGCAGGAAAAUUGUCAUCAGACAGACAGAAGAAUGUCCUAAGAAAUGAUACAGAUAUUAAAACUCCUCUGACUGCCAAUGGAAGGCCAGGUACUUCAGUCCCAAGGAAGGAAGCUAUGAGAUUGAGACCAACAUAUGAUCUCCCAAAGAAAGGCAGAAAGGAAAUAUGUUGGGAAGAUAAGAAAGCUCUCACUGAAACAAAAACUAGAUGUUUUAGACAUGAAAAUGAGAAGAGUGUGGCAUUUGAUUCUGAGGCAGUGUCACCUAGGUACCUUGUCAGAUCCCACUCUGCUCCAAUAUCUGGAACAACUUUUCGGAAGAAUCUUUUAGAGGACCAGCAUUUAUUGACUGGGGCUCACAAUUGUAGAAAGCAUGACGGAUAUGCACCUACUUCAGAAGAAGGGAGAAGACGUAAGAAAACUGGCUUUAACUUUAAAAGCAGAGUUUCAAAUUUUAAAGGUAAGUUCUUUGGGAAGAAGAUCCACUCCAUGGAUGAAAUGGCUCAGGAUGAUAUUCCUUAUGUGAAGAGUGUUGCAACCGCACCAUCUGGUGUCUUGAAUAUACGCAUCGCACAGGAAAACUCUACCGAGGUGCCACCAAGCCCGGUAUCAGUGUCCAGCAGCUCGUUUGAUGAGAUUUGUAGGCCAAGUUAUCCAAGUCCGGUUUCCCCAUUGGAGGGUCCUUUUGCAGAAGACUGCUCAUCCUCGCAAGUUUUUGGGGAGCUAAGCUCAGAACUUCCUGAGAUGAAGAAUCUGCUGGAACAAGGUGACAAUAAUGCAACUGAGAAAGUAGCAACUGAGGGAAGGCUGGAUGAGGAUGAAGCAGUUGAGGCAGAAGACCCUGCAAAAGCUUACAUAAGAGAUGUCCUUGUCACUGCUGGGCUGUAUGAGGGUCAGCGCUAUGAUCAAGUCUUCUCAAGGUGGAUUCCUCUGACAAAACCAAUUUCUCAGUGGGUGUUUGAGAAAGUAGAGGAGUUAUAUGAUAAAAAUUGGAAGGUGAAUGAUGGAGAACCUCUACUCCAUAAUGGUAACGCCAAUGUAGGUCACAAGAUGCUGUUUGAUUUAAUUAAUGAAGCAUUGCCCAGGGUUAUUCAAACUACAAUGACUAGUUCUACAUUCAAGACUUGGAUUCUUGGUCCCAAGAGAUUGCCACAUGGGAAAAAACUGUUGGAUGACGUGUGGCGCCAGAUGGAAAUACACACAAACCCCCAAAGGGAUGCUUCUUAUUCUCUGGAUAACCUUGCAGCCAGGGAUCUGAGUAUGAAUCCUUGGUCUGGUGUAUUGCAUGACGAUAUUGAUGCAAUGGGAAUGGAAAUGGAAUGCAUAAUUCUAGGGGAGUUGAUUGAUGAAUUUAUGUGGGAUAUAUGCUCGUACACAUAGGUGGAUGAGCUGGUUGCAAGCAUGGCACCAUAUUCAAUUUUGCUAGUGAUGGCUGUAGGUGUACAUACCCCGAACCUUACAUCAAUGCACGAGUGUUAAUGAUGGAUAACACCUUGUCAGAUUUGUCAAUGGUCAGUCAGUUCCUGUACUGAGAUAAUAUGUAUGUAGAGAUUAGUAUAAAAGAAGAUUACAAGAUUGAGAGAAUGGUUACCAGUACUCAAUUGGUGCUAAAUAAUAAAAUGAUGUCUAAUUCCUUUUAUAUU